GCAUCAAUCGAAGCCACCAUAACAACAUCACGGUUUAUUAAAAAAUAAAAACAUGCAUCGAAGCGCGAAAGGAAUUCCGCUCAGUCCACAGUUCUCGACGACGGAACAGCGGAAGAACAUCGCGUGAGUCACAGCAGUGUGAGGGUGGGUACGGAAAGUAAUUGGGGAGUAAAUCGAAUCGGUAUUUGUUCGGCUUCGCGCGCCGGUCAGCUGCCUGGCGAAACAAGGAACAUUGUUUUCAAGAACAUCGCGAAAAAUCGCCAGCCGUCUUGCGAGUUAUCAAGCUGGGGAACUGCAUCGAAAGUGUUGCUGUAAUUCAGGCCAAAUUCGCCAAGGCCAGAUGACACCGGUGUUAUACUAUUUGCCACCGUCGCCGCCUUGCCGCGCGGUUCUCCUGCUGGCAAAAAUGAUUGGCGUCGAGCUGGAGCUGAAGACGCUGAAUGUCCUCGAGGGGGAACAGCUGAAGCCGGACUUUGUGCAGCUGAAUCCGCAGCAUACAAUACCCACGCUGGAUGACCAUGGGCUAGUGCUCUGGGAAAGCCGUGUAAUACUCUCGUACCUGGUCUCCGCGUACGGCAAGGACGAAAGCCUCUACCCGAAGGAUUUCCGUUCGCGUGCCAUUGUGGAUCAGCGGCUGCACUUUGACCUGGGGACACUGUAUCAACGCGUCUCCGAUUACUAUUUUCCCACCAUCACAGUAGGCGCCCACUUGGACCAAACGAAGAAGGCAAAACUGGCGGAAGCGCUCGGAUGGUUCGAGGCGAUGCUCAAACAGUACCAGUGGGCUGCUGCGAAUCACUUCACAAUAGCGGACAUCACGUUGUGCGUCACCACCUCCCAAGUGGAGGCGUUCGGGUUCGACCUGCACCCGUAUCCGAAGAUAAGAGCGUGGUUGUCCCGCUGUAAGGAAGAGCUGGAACCCCACGGUUACAAGGAUAUUAACCAAGUGGGAGCGGAAACACUGGCGGGGCUGUUUCGUGCGAAACUCAAACAAUAGGGAAGGCUGUCUCGUGGGGAGCAAACGUGUCAAAGAAUUUCGGUAGCAUCGGAUUGUUUUUUUUCCGUUUAUUCGAUCACUCUCCCUACUCUUCGUUUACUAAAAUAAAAUACUAAAG